AUGGUUGCUGAAGAUCUGGAUCAGGUGAGGGUCCUGACAGACCUGUCACAUAAAGGUAAGUGUGUUUUCAGCUGUGAAGUACGUGUGUUUUUGCGUUUUGGCUUUGACGCUUUCGUGAGUUUCACUUUUCUGUCCCACCAUUCAGCUGUUCAUUUUCACCUGCUCCCUCCCUGCAGCUGUGCAACGACAGCCUUGGUGUAUCGUCACAGCUUAUGACAUGAACCUCUAAUGAUGAUUGGGAAGUCAUGCAGGGCUUGAUUUGACCCCAUGUAAGAAAGGGUUUUUCUCUCUGGACAUAGACAUGGGAUAACUCUAAAGAGAUGACACUUUGAUACCACGUACAGUAUUCUGCUUACAGCUUGUGUAACAGUGUAAAUUUAUUGUUCCCUCAAAAUAACUCAACACACAGCCAUUAGUGUGUACACCCCUGACAACCAGAGUGAGUACACCACUGAGUAAAAAUUGCCAAAUCGGGCCCAAAAUGUCAAUAUUUUCUGUAGCCACCAUUAUAUUCCAGCACUGCCUUAACCCUCUUGGGCAUGGAGUUCACCAGAUCUUCACAGGUUGCCACUGGAAUGCUCUUCUACUCCUCCAUGAUGACAUCACAGAGCUGAGUGGAUGUCAGAGACCUUACGCUCCUUCACUUUCCAUUUGAGGAUGCCCCACAGAUGCUGAAUAGGGUUUAGGUUUGGAGACGUGCGUGGCCAGUCCAUCACUGUGUGGUCAUCAUUGAGGUGUGUUUGGGGUCGUUAUCAUGUUGGAAUACUGCCCUGCAGCCCAAUUUCCGAAGGGAGGGGAUUGUGUUCUGCUUCAGUAUGUCACAGUACACAUUGGGAUUCAUGGUUCCCUUAAUGGACUGCAGCCCCCCAGUGUGGGCAGCACUCACGCAGCCCCAGACUGUGACAUUCCCACCCCUUUGCUUGACUGUAGGAAGGACACACUUGUCAUAGUACACCCAACCUGGUUGCCGCCACACCAGUGGCGGCUGCUGGUCUUUCAAGGAGGGGAAGCUCAUUUUUCUGGCCUAUAUCAUAAUUGUGUUUGUUUAUUUGUAUGUAACAGAAUAGAGUCGCCAAACACAACGGCAGUCGUUUUUAACAAAGACAAAAGUUGCUGAGGAUCGGUAAAGUCUCUGGAGCAGUUAAGAAUAACGGAAUGAAUAACUUGGAAAAUGCUUUGGUAGAUGUUUUAUUCUUCAAGAUCGCUGAUUCGCUUGUUUAGCUGUCAAUCAAAAAAGGAUUUCGCCUCAGACAGCUCAUCCAAUCAUGGAUGCAGAAGCUCGGAGUCCGGGAGAAAGUCGGAACCGCCCUCUCGCCAUAGAACUCCAGAGAAGCUCAGCGUCCGAUGGGCGGGACAAAGCCCAGCAUUUAUCCAAUGACAACUAGUUUCGCUGCUGGAACAACCCACUUUGAGCUUCCACAUUGAAGUCAGCAGAAGCCGAGCGUCCGGCUGUUUAAAGCACUGAGGCGCUGCGAGGAUGAAUGAGAACGAAGUUGUGCAGAAUCAGCUUCUUAUCACACUGUGAUAAGAAGCUGAUUCUGAACAAAAGAUGAAGGCUUUCUAGCGCGUAUUUAGUUAAUGAAAUGUACACACAGCAGUAUGUAUUUUACCACUUUUUCUUUUUUUGGGGGGGUGACAUUUUAAGGGAAGCUGAGCUUCCCUUGCAGUCUUUGAGCAAUCGCCACUGUGCCACACACCCUGGAUGCCACCUGAACCAAAAAAAGUUUAUCUUUGUCUCAUCAGACCACAGGACAUGGUCUCAGUAAUCCAUGUACUUGGUUUGCUUGUCUUUAGCAAACUACAGGCUUUCUUGUGAAUCAUCUUUAAAAGAGGCAUCCUCCUGGGAUGACAGCCAUGACAGUUUGAUGCAGUGUGUGCCAUAUGGUCUUAACACUGACAGGCUAACCCCUCACCCCUUUAACCCCUGCAGCAAUGCUGGCAGCAGUCAAAUGUUUAUUUUCCAAAGAUAACCUCUGGAUAUGAUGCUGAGCACAUGUUCUGAGUGAACCCUGUCCUGUUUAACAUCUGUGUAGUCUUAGCCAUUGUGCUGCAGCUCAGUUUCAGGGUGUUUGUAAUCUUCAUAUAGCCUCGGCCAUCUUUAUGAAGAGCAACAAUACUUUUUUUAGAUCCUCAUAGGCUGUGUCCGAAUUGCCCGCUCGCAUACUACAUACUACUGCUACAUACUACUGCUAGAUCCUACUCCUACAUACUAAACACGUUGGCCCAAUUCAGACACACUAGACGAGUGGUGGGGAAAGAAGACCCCCGCAGGCUGAGAAUAGGUACUGCGCCCGUGCAGACAGUGGUAACAGAAGCCCCCCAUCUGCUGGCCUGGCUGUAGUACUGCAGCGAGUACUGUACAAUGAUCAGUGCGCACCCAUGAUUUAUUAGGCAUCAUCACUAGAAGGCACCUGUUACUCAUUAACAAUGAGUGGAAAUAUAGUAGCGUCAUCACGGAGGUGGCACAUCAUCAGAGAAAAGCCAGCAUGCCUGCAACCGCCCUGCAUUUUCUAUGUGGAGAUUCCUGGAGUCAUUGCCACAGGUAAGCUAUGAAAUGAAGUGCUUGAACUAGAAGCUCUGUCAUGUAUUUCUUUACUAGUCUUUUCUGGUGUUCGUCCAGACACCGCAAAAGCAACUCUGUUAUGCACAUGACAUUAUGUGGUUUGUUUGAUUUUUCAGCAUGGCCCACGCAGGCCAUACACUCAGCUCAACAGCACUGUGCCCAUCAUUCGUCAGUUUUUGGAUGACACCAUUGACCUGCGCCCCAACCUUCGCCUCUCUCAUUGCUCGCUUGCUGCCCUUACUGCUGCCAUCGACCUCAGUGUGACCCGAGGCUGGCCAAAGGACAUAGAGGUGCUGCUGUUUGUUUUUUUGGCUGGCCCAUGCAGCGUCCUACAGGGUGGUGGCUGCAGCCUGCGACAUUCCGUAGUCCACUGUGCACGAUAUUGCGCACAGGGCUGUCGUGGGCAUCCUGGGCCACACCAUCCGCCUCCCCGACCCUGACCAGCUGGAGGACAUCACUGCUGGCUUCAGCUGCCUCCGGGGAAGUCCAGCUCUGCGGACAGUGGUCAGGGCAAUUGAUGGCUGCCAUGUCCACAUCAAGCCACCUGCAGCACAUCAGCUGGACUUUUUAAACCCUAAGCUGUUCCAUUCCAUCCAGCUCCAGGCCAUCUAUGACCACCAGGGGAGGUUUAUUGACUUGUUUGUUGGCUUCCCUGGCUCCGUCCACGAUGCCUGUGUCCUGCGGAACAGCCCAGAGGGCUGGUGCAUCCUGGGGGAUGGAGGCUACCAUUGUUUGGGUGCCCCCAUCUGCCUCCUGACGCCUUACAGGGAACCUGUGGCCAACCCCGUGCAGGCCCGGUUCAACACCAUCCACGGCAAGGCACGGAACAUUGUCGAGCGGGCCUUCGGAAUGGUGAAGGCUAGUUGGCAGUCCAUCUUCCUCAGGGCCCUUGAGCUGAAGCCAGCAUUUGCAUCGGAGGUGGUCACCUGUUGUGCCAUCCUCCACAACAUCUGCAUGGACAACAGUGACCUCUUCGAGGCCGAGCCUCCCCCUGAGGAAGAUGGACCGCCUCCCUGUUCUGAUGCGGGGUCAGGGGAAAACCUGCGGGACCGACUGGCUGUAGCAGUGUCCGUCCCAGAGGUUGCCGUUGCUGUCCUCCAGGACCACGAUUAUUGUUGA